AGGGCGUGUAAAAUCACCAAUCAACUGGGCGGCUCAUUAGCAGGACGGAGCCGAAGGGAGAUCAUUGCAGGAGGGAUCUGCCUGUGUGUGUGUGUGUGUGUGUGAGAGAGAGAGAGAGAAACUCACACAGAAAGAGAUUGCCGAACUGUACGUGUUCUUCAAGGAGAUGGUGUAAGGAAGAUCCGGCGUAGGCGACUCUUCCAACAGAAAUCUUCUCCCCACCCCCCCUUUUUCCGGAUGCACCGAUGAGAGAACCAGUUUUAGCGGCGUCUAGCAUGGCUUAUCAUCCGUUCCACGCUCACCGGGCCGCGGAUUUCCCCAUGAGCACAUUCUUGGCCGCUCAACCUUCCUUCUUUCCCGCUCUGGCUCUGCCGCCGAGCGGGGCGGCUGCUCUCUCACUGCCCGGAGCUCUGGGCAAACCCCUGACAGACCCGAACAUGGCUGAGGCCGGGAUCCGCGUCUCCGCUCUAGGACACCAGUCGGCACACCUGCGACCUCUCAAGAGCCUGGAACCGGAGGAUGAGGUCGAGGACGAUCCCAAAGUGAACCUGGAGGCUAAAGAUUUGUGGGACCAGUUUCACAAAGUCGGCACUGAAAUGGUUAUUACCAAGUCUGGGAGGAGAAUGUUCCCACCGUUUAAAGUGCGAGUCAACGGUUUGGAUAAAAAGGCGAAAUAUAUUUUACUGAUGGACAUUGUGGCAGCGGACGACUGCCGUUACAAAUUUCACAAUUCGCGUUGGAUGGUGGCCGGGAAAGCCGAUCCGGAGAUGCCGAAGAGGAUGUAUAUUCACCCAGACAGUCCGGCAACCGGUGAACAAUGGAUGGCCAAAGCAGUCACGUUUCACAAACUCAAACUCACCAACAACAUAUCCGACAAGCAUGGAUUCGUAAGUGUUGCUACCAUCCUGAACUCUAUGCACAAAUACCAGCCCAGGUUCCACGUGGUCCGCGCCAACGAUAUUCUCAAAUUGCCCUACAGCACUUUCCGAACUUACGUGUUUCCAGAGACAGAGUUCAUCGCGGUCACAGCCUAUCAGAACGAUAAGAUAACGCAACUUAAAAUUGACAACAAUCCAUUUGCAAAAGGAUUCAGGGACACUGGGAACGGGAGAAGGGAAAAAAGAAAACAGCUCUCUCUCCCUUCUUUGCGAGUGUAUGAAGAUCAAUGUAAAGGAGACCGAGAUGGCGGCGAUUCUGACGCCUCCUCCAGCGACCAACCGCUGCCUAGGGAGUCCCUGCGCUCGCCCAUAGCCGCAGACCCCGUUUCACUGCAGUUCAGCCAAGUAUCCAAAGAUGACAAGUCGGGUGCGGACAGUGACCCUGAGCUGGAGAGGCAGGAGGAGCAGGCUGCCGCGAUUAGUGGCAGCCCCCGAGUAACAGGCUCCCGAAGCAGCACUCCACCCGCCGAGAAUGCGGCAGGAGAUUCGGCCCAUCGACCGAAACAGGGAUCUAACUCGGAGAAAAAGAAAGACUCGCUGGAAGGGCGCAGGGAUAGUGACAUCUGCUUUAGUCACAGAACCUCAGAGAGAGAGAAGAGCGAAGGGAGGAGGAAGGAGGAAGCUAAGAAGGACGCUGAAUGUUUGAAUAAAGAUGCUUUCUCUCCCCUUAUGAUACAGACUGACGGCCCCUCUCACCUUAACGCUGGACAUUUGCAAAGCUUGGCUUUCUCGGGGUUACACAGCCAGCAGUUUCUUAACCCUUUAAAUGUCGGACAGCCUCUCUUUAUCCACCCGGGGCAGUUUGCAGUCGCUCCCGGAGCUUUCUCAGCAAUGGCCACCGGAAUGGGACACUUACUGGCUUCGGUAUCCGGAGCAGGCAGCCUGGACAACGCGACCAUCACCUCGGCGCAGAACUCUGCCGGCGCGGCUCCUCACUUCCCUUUCCACCUCUCUCAGCACGUCCUGGCUUCUCAGGGGAUUCCGAUGACCACUUUCGGGGGGCUUUUCCCUUACCCUUACACGUACAUGGCAGCGGCGGCUGCAGCUGCCGCCUUGCCCAACAGUUCCGGGGCUCCGUCCUCUCUCCAUCGGCACCCGUUUCUGAGCGGCGGGCGACCCCGACUUCGCUUCAAUCCUUACCCAAUCCCGGUCUCCAUCCCGGCGGGCACCAAUCUCCUCACCACCGCCAUGCCCUCAGCUCUGGGCGGCUCCGACAGCAAACUGUGCAGCCGGGACUCCAGCCCUGUCUCCGUCAGCCUGGCGCCGGAACUCAACCUCAAAAGCAACGGGGGCGGUUUAAGGACUGGAGCCAGCUCACUGUCCCCCAGAGUGACCGCCAAAGAGGCGAUCAAUGAACUGCAGAAUAUCCAGAGACUGGUCAGUGGCUUGGAGGGCAACCGGGAGACGUCUCCAUCCAGGGACUCCCCAAAGUGAACGCUUUUGGUCCAUUUUGGGACAUCAGGACUAUUAAUAGAUGCAAAAACAAACCUCACAGUGCAGACACCUUCAGCAUCCGAUCGAGGCGAGCGGCGGUGGUCGAUUAGUGGCCAGAGACCACAGGCAGAGGUACCCAGUGCUGGUUCCACAGAGAAAGGGGCAGGAGCAUUGAGAACACCGCCGUGAACUGCGUUACAAGUUGGAAUAAAGGAACGACCACUUCACUACAAAAAAGAACGCAUUACAUAAAUGUAAUUCACACCAGGAAAAAAAAGAUCUUUGCUAUUUAUGUAAUUAACUAGUAAUUUUGUGUAAAUAAGCUAUGGAUGGCAGAAUAUGCAAAUCGGUAUUAAUUUAUUCAUCAGUUGUAAAUUCGCGUGUACAUAUAUUAGAGUUUAAUUCCAUGCAUUUUGUUUUUUUUUGUUUUACACACGAACAUCACAAUAUAUUGUAAAAUGAAAUAUAUAGCGCAUUGGGGAAGUGUGUGCGUGAGAGAGAAUGAGUUUCUAAUUGUGUUUUCUAGAGGUCUAUCUCACCUGCUUUCGUGAAAAUGAUUUGAAAACGAAAAUGUGCCAUCCAUUACAUCAAUGCUAUUGCAGUGUUACCUGUUAAAAAAAUAACUGCGCUCUGUACAAUGCUACAGAUUUACUAGAACUACAUCUAUAAGUCCUGUGCCAGCGGGGUAUACAAGGAAUGCUGCUUUGUCACCUCAGGUCGUUCACCUCACGGUGUAGAUUUUUAAUGAGUUUCUCACCAGGCUCUCUACAAAGCGGCUUAAAUAAAAAAAAAACAAAAAAAAGUAUCUCAAACUGUGGUGAUUAUUCGGGUAAUCUAUCAACAAUUAAAAUAAGAAUUCUCUCACAACUUUCAAUAAACAUUUUGAAGUGAAA